AUGUUUGGCUCCUAUAAUAAGAAGCGGCCAAAUAAGCUAGUCAUAGGUCGUAUGCAUGACUACCAUGUGCUGUAUAUGAUUGAAUCAGGUAUUGAGAAUUUUGUCUCUCUAAAAGACAUUAAGAACAGUAAAUGUCCUGAGGAAACAAAAUCCAUGUUAAUAUUUGCUGGUGAUGAUCUUGAUGUAACAGAAGAUUAUAGAAGACUAAAAAGUCUUCUCACUGAUUUCCUUAGAGGCCCCACAGUAUCAAAUAUCUGCCUGGCUGGAUUAGAGUAUGUUCCGCACUUCACUGCACUGAAUGGGAAGAUUUACUUUCGAAGAUAUAAGCUGCUAUUGAAGAAAUCUGGUUCCCGAACACCACGGAUUGAAUUGGAAGAGAUGGGACCCUCAUUGGAUCUGAUUCUGAGGAGGACACACCAGGCAUCCGCUGACCUUUAUAAAUUAUCUAUGAAAAUGCCAAAAGCCCUCAAGCUGAAGAAGAAAAAUAUCUCCCAUGAUAGUUUUGGUACAACUUAUGGAAGGAUUCAUAUGCAGAAGCAGGACCUAAGCAAACUAUAA